GGAAAGUCCAAAGGACAAGGUCGUUGUCCCGUUUACAUGUCUGCAGACACUGAUUCUGUAGAACGCCUUAAUAGCUAUGUUAAACUUAAUGUGGGUGGAUGUUUAUACUAUACCACUAUUGGAACACUUUUACGAGGUGGUACUAUGCUAACAGCAAUGUUUAGUGGUCGGAUGGAAGUUAAAACUGACGAUGACGGCUGGGUACUUAUUGAUCGUAGUGGCAAGCAUUUUGGAACGAUCCUGAACUAUAUUCGAGAUGGUUCAGCCCCUCUUCCAGAAAAUAGGAAAGAGUUAGAAGAACUGGCUAUGGAAGCCAAGUAUUUCUGCGUUAAAGGUUUGUGCUUAGCUUGUGAAGAGGCUCUUGGUCGUUUGACAAAUUACGAAGAUCUACAAAAUCGUGCAACUAUUAUUAUCGUCAAAUGUCCUAAUGCAGCGAAAUCUUUGCUUUCCACUACUCGUAAACCUGUGGUAAAACUUACUAUGAACCGAUAUAAUAAUGUAUUUUCAUACACGAGUAAUUCACAUGAUAAUCUUUUGCGCAAUAUUGAAUGCCUGGAGAAAUAUGCACUUAUGUUCCCUGCUACCGUGUUAUUCGUAAAGGAUGUCCGUGACAAAAGUGAACAAAAUGAAAUUUGUGAAUGGAGCUAUUACUGUCGGGGUCACCGUUUGAGAAGUAUAGACUGUAUAGCUAUUCAUUACUCGUCAGAAAAGCGCCUUAUAAAGGUGAGUGAUGCAAGUUAUAAAAUUUUGGGGCUAAAUAACAUGUAUGCAACACUAUGCACUUUUAUUUUUCAGUAG